GGAACCGAAACCAAUAAUGACAACAAUGCAAAGUCAAAAAAAUUACCCCACGUUGAUGCCACCUUUUUUUCAAUUCCAAGCAAACAUUACACACACUUACACCUUUUUCCACACACUAUUUGUCUCUCCCUUUCUUCCUCUCUCCCUCCCUCCAUCUUCACUCUCUCCAAAAGCAAUGCAAAAACUCCAAAAAAGCACUUAAAAGCAAAAGCAAUAGAGAGAGUGGUAGCUAGCCUGCUGGGGUAUUCAUACAGUACACAACACUACACUACAAAUUAUUAUUAUUCUUCAUCUUAAUCAAAAUGACUUCAAGAUUAACCCAGAAUACCAUCAAUGGUACUCACCAUCAUCCUCACCCUCACCCACAGUAUUACUCUCAUCAUUCUUCAUCAUCUUCAUCCAAAGCUUCAUUUAAAGGCUGCUGUUGUUGCCUUUUUCUACUUUUUUCCUUCUUACUUCUCCUCAUUCUAGCUGUUAUACUCGUUAUAGUACUCGCUGUUAAGCCCAAAAAACCCCAGUUCGAUCUUCAACAAGUGGGUGUUCAGUACGUCGGUAUUACACCUAACCCAGCUACGAUUGCCACUUCUUCCGCUUCCGUAUCACUCAAUAUUCGUAUGGUUUUCACUGCUUUCAAUGAUAAUAAGGUCGGGAUCAAGUACGGUGAGUCCCGAUUUACGAUCAUGUACCGCGGGAUUCCGUUGGGUCGGGGCACCGUACCCGGGUUCUAUCAACCAGCUCAUAGUGUUAAACGGGUCGAAACCACCAUUGUUGUGGAUCGGGUUAACUUGCUCCAAGCUGAUGCUGCGGAUUUGAUUAGGGAUGCUGCGUUGAAUGACCGGGUCGAGUUACGGGUAUUGGGUGAUGUCGGGGCGAAGAUUCGGAUCCUUGGGUUUACUUCACCCGGUGUGGAGGUAUCAGUGGAUUGCGCGAUAGUGAUCAGCCCAAGGAAACAGGCUCUAACAUACAAGCAAUGUGGAUUCGAUGGUCUAAGCGUAUGACAUUCUUAAUCCACAAGUAAUUACUCAUGGUUUAAAAAUGAAAGAAAAAUGCAAAUUGGAAAAGCAGCAAUUUGGAAACUUAUUUUAGGAAAAAGAAGAUAAAGCAAGAUUCUAUUGAGCCAACUAAUUGUAGUGAAAAAAAGGGCAUUAAUUUGUUAACUGAAUUUUCUUCUUUAUUGGGAAAAGUUUUGUUCAAGGUUGUAAAGUUAUGAACUGAUUGUAUUUUUCCAUAUUAUAUAUAUUUUGUUAUGCCA